AUGGAUCCGCAGCUGGAACGGCAAGUUGAAACAAUCCGUAACUUGGUGGAUUCUUAUAUGGCCAUUAUCAACAAAUCUAUAAGAGAUCUUAUACCAAAGACACUGAUGCACCUGAUGAUUAAUAGUGUAAGUGAUACAUGGCAGAGAUACUGCACUGUGGUCUGA